AUGUUAUAACAGUGCCAGGAAGCCUGAGGCUGCAUUUCCAGAAAGUACCUGAGUUGUCCCCAUCACCAUGGAGACCCGACAGGAUGAAGCUGCUCAGUACAAGGGGGCGGCAGCCUUUGGGGACACCCAGACCCAAGGGACAGCAAAAGGAGCCAAGAACAAGGCAGCUGAGGCAAAGGAAGGGCCAGUGUCAGAGCCGCCCUCAUCCGGCCCAGGUAGGCUGAAGAAAACUGCCAUGAAACUCUUUGGUGGCAAGAAAGGCAUCUGUACCCUGCCUAGUUUUUUGGGGGGGGGACGAAGCAAAGGUUCUGGGAAAGGCAGCUCCAAGAAGGGUCUCAGCAAGAGCAAAACCCAUGAUGGCUUGAGUGAGGCAGUCUGUGGCCCUGAAGAUGUUGCCAGUGAGGGAACUGACCUCACCCUACCUUUGCUUGAGUCACCCUGCAAAUUUCCCAGCUCCCAGAGUGCCCAUGGGGCUUUGGAGACAGGCUCCAGGCACAAGAUGUCUGUGCCUGGAGCCACAGAGAAGGCUGAGGCUGAGAAGGUUCCCCCUGUGCUCAAACCAAAGAAAGGCUUGAAAGGCUUUUUCAGCAGUAUCCGCCGUCAACGGAAGGGCAAAGUCACUGGAACUGAGCAAAGUGAACCAGGGGUCAAGAUUUCUGAGGGGGCCAGAGCGAGGCCUCAUAAGCAUGUGAGCUCAGACUCUCUGCUCCACUCUGAGGAGACCCUCCAAUCCUCAAGCAAGGAAGAUGCCAAAUCCCAGGAUGCCUCUGGGUCAAAAGUUUCUCCAACACCAGAGCCUUCUCCACCAGCUACUGAGAAGACAGCCUGUAAAGAUCCAGAAAAACCCACAGAGGUCUGUACUUCAGCACUACUGCAGCUCAAGCCUGUCCCUGAAGCCAGUGGCCCUGAGGAGCCCCACAGUCCAGAAAAAGAGGACAAGGUGGUGGCAGGAGAGGUAAAUCUACCCAGUGGCCCUGUGGGAGAUCAGUUGAGCCUCUUGUUUGGGGAUGUCACAUCCCUGAAAAGCUUUGACUCACUGACAGGUUGUGGGGACAUCAUAGCUGAGCAAGACAUGGACAGCAUGACAGACAGCAUGGCCUCUGGGGGCCAGAGGGCCAACCGAGAUGGGACCAAGCGAAGUUCCUGCCUGGUGACUUAUCAAGGAGGUGGAGAGGAGAUGGCCUUGCCAGAUGAUGAUGAUGAGGAUGAAGAAGAAGAAGUGGAGUUAGAGGAAGAAGAAGAAGAGGUAAAGGAGGAAGAGGAAGAUGAUGACUUAGAAUAUCUGUGGGCAAGUGCCCAGAUGUACCUAAGGCCCAACCUGAACCUGAUCUACCAUCCCACCACAUCCCCUGGCCACCACAGCUACAUGCUCCUUGAUCCAGUUAGGUCUUAUCCUGGCCUACCCUCUGGGGACCUUUUGACUCCUCAGAGUGACCAGCAAGAGUCUGCCCCCAAUAGUGAUGAAGGUUAUUAUGACUCUACCACACCCGGAUUUGAGGAUGAUUCAGGUGAGGCCCUGGGGGUUGUCCGCAGGGAUUGCCUGCCCCGAGACAGCUACAGCGGAGAUGCCCUUUAUGAGUUUUAUGAACUAGAUGACAGUCAUGAGAAUUCCCCACCUGGAGAUGACUGUCUUUAUGACCUCCAUGGUCGCAGCUCUGAAAUGUUUGACCCCUUCUUAGACUUUGAGCACUUCUCUUCCUCCCAGCCACCUGGGGCAAUGGAGACAGAAGAAGAACGGCUAGUGACCAUCCAGAAACAGUUGUUGUAUUGGGAGCUUCGGCGGGAGCAGCUUGAGGCCCAAGAGGCCCAGGAGGCACAUGCUCGAGAAGCUCGUGUCAGAGAGGCCCACACUAGGGAGGCAUAUGCCCAAGAAGCUCAUACCUGGGAAGCUCAUGCCAGAGAGGCCCUAACCCGAGAGGCCUAUGCUAGGGAGGCCCAGGCCCAUGAGGCCCAUGCCAGAGAGGCUCGUUCCCGAGAAGCCCAUGCCAAGGAGGCCUGUGCCCGAGAGGCCCGUGCUCGAGAGGCCCAAGCCCGAGAGGUCCAGGCCUGGCAAGAGAAGCCCAUCAUGGAAUAUCAGAUGAGGCCCUUAGGCCCAUCAGUGAUGGGCCUGGUGGCAGGGGCAUCAGGGGUCUCUCAGACUUCCCACCAUGGAACCACCUCAGCUUUCCCUGCCACUGCAAGCAGCGAGCCAGACUGGAGGGACUUCCGUCCUCUGGAGAAGCGUUUUGAAGGAACCUGCUCCAAGAAAGAUCAAAGUACGUGUCUGAUGCAGCUCUUCCAGAGUGAUGCUAUGUUUGAGCCAGACAUGCAAGAAGCAAAUUUUAGAGGGUCCCCCAGGAGGGCCUACCCUACUUACUCACCCCCUGAGGAGCCAGAGGAAGAGGAGGUUGAGAAGGGAGGGAAUGCCACUGUGAGUUUCUCACAGGCCCUGGUGGAGUUCACCAGCAAUGGGAACCUCUUCUCCAGCAUGUCCUGCAGCUCUGAUUCUGACUCAUCCUUCACUCAAAACCUCCCAGAGCUUCCUCCCAUGGUGACCUUUGACAUCGCUGAUGUGGAACGGGAUGGGGAAGGUGAGUGUGAAGAGAAUCCUGAGUUCCACAAUGAAGACCUUGCAGCCUCUUUGGAAGCUUUUGCAAUGGGCUACUACCACAAACAUGCCUUCAACAACUAUCGCAGCCGAUUCUACCAAGGCCUACCCUGGGGUGUGAGCAGCCUCCCUCGAUACUUGGGACUGCCGGGCAUGCACCCUCGGCCUCCACCCGCUGCCAUGGCUCUGAACAGGAGGAGCCGCUCCCUCGACACUGCGGAGAUCCUGGAGCUGGAGCUUUCCAAUUCCCACCUGGCUCAUGGCUACAUGGAGUCUGAUGAGCUUCAGGCCCAGCAAGAAGAUUCUGAUGAAGAAGAUGAGGAGGAGGAAGGAGAAUGGGACCGAGACAGUCCCCUGUCUCUCUAUACUGAGCCCCCAAGAGCCUAUGACUGGCCUACCUGGGCCCCUUGUCCUCUCUCGGUGGAGCCAGGCUCUGCCUGGAUAAACCCCAGCCAGCUGGAUGGGCCUUCCAACCAGUCUCCAUAUGGGCGGGCAGCCUGUUGUGUACCUCCUGUGGCCAUGUCAAUGUCUCUGCCAAUACCAGGGCCAGAGCCAAGGGCACCCCGGGAAUCCGGGCCUCAGUUAGCUCGUCCUUCACACCUACCCCUGCCUAUGGGCCCUUGCUGUAACCCCCAGCCACAGACCUCUCAGAAUGAGAGCGUCAGGUCUUCAGAUGUGCUGCUGCCUGUGGAUGAACCCAGUUGCUCCUCUAGUUCUGGAGGCUUCAUCUCUAGCACUCUGCCCCAAGCCAAGCCUGUGGGCAUCACCCAUGGCAUCCCUCAGCUGCCAAAGAUCCUGCCUGAGCCCCCACAGCGUCAGACCAUUCUCUAUGGGGCUUCUAGCCUUGACCUGUCAAAGGAGAGGGCCGAGCAGUGCUCCUUCCUCUCCACCAGCUACUCCUCCACUGUCUUGAAUGGAAACCUAGCAGAGUAGUCAUCAUCAAUUCCAGAGCAGGG